GAACAAGCACUUGGCUGUUCCAGCUCAAACUUCCUGUGUCAAGAAUGUGUUUUCCCAAUAGGGCAGUUAGGGAGCUGUAUGCUUCACACAGAUAAGCAAGGUCGGGGUGACAUGGAGUCUGUUCCCCUAGAUAGAGAUGACCAUGGACUCAUGACAACCGGUAAACAAACAGACAAGGGUCUGUUUAAGAUUGACCAACACGUAUUGAUGAGAUGAUGCCAAGAGUUAUUUGUGUAACGUGUAUGAACUGUAUAAAUGACCUGGAGGAAAUGAAGGAGGUUGGAACUUCUCAGGCUGAGAAGCUCUAAGCGAUUGUGAAUCCCAGAGAACCUUUUGUAAUAAAGCAGACCUUUGUAAUCCGAACUCCUCGACUCAAAGCCUAAUAUUCUUGAUCGAUAAGAACCACUUCAGAAGCCUUCCACAAAACUGGUGAAGCCCGACGAGAUUCAGGAGAAAUCUACAUUUGGACUAAGUAAUACUCAUAUCCUUAAGUUUAGAUCUGCCUGUUCCAUCCCAAAUGCAUCAUGAGUGUGCCAAAAAGACCGGUAGAGGGAGGAGCCAGAGCUAUCCUGUCGCCUGACCAGACCGUGCCAGCUGGGCCUCCGCGCGUGACCGCCCAGGAGGUCCUCAGCCUCCAACAUCCUCUUCUCCGAGAGCGUCUCCUCGAGAUGAACAGGAAAUGGGCUAAGCGCACUGCCAAGAUGACACCGUCAUGGCCGGAGCACGGGACCUUCGAUCUAAGCCUCUGCAACGACAUGAGGGUCCUGGUCGUCAAUCACAGCCAUUCUGGAUCGGUCAAGGAAAAACUCAGAAAGCAGAAGGAGGAAGCUGGAGUUCUGAAGCUGUACGAACAACAAGGACAGAACUAUUGUGACACAGUUAAGGCUUGCCUGCUCGCAGCCAAAACUGAUCAUGGGACUCUAGAUAGAGCCUCCCCUCCCCCAUAUGAUAAAGAGAAGAGCAGCUCUGCCCCACCCAGAAAUACCUUGUAUGCGGGUGAGGCAGAGAACCCAAGGUCUUCAUCCAUCUUUAUGGACCGGUCCACGACCCCAGCCCCUCCCCGUGCCCAGAGCCCUGUCCAUCCCCUCCCAGACAGAGAAGCAAGUCAGGGAAGGCCAGUCCUUGACAGAAGGCCUCCCUCAUACUAUCAAGCCCCCAUCCUGGUCAGAGGAGAUCAGAUGUACUAUGUGCCCUGGACGACAAUGGACAUGACAGGACUAAUUUCUCGGCUCCCUAAUCCAUAUGAGGGAGCGAGUAGGUGGAUUAAGGCGUUUGAGCAAGAGACACUAGGCCACAAUAUAGCCAUUGGAGACAUAAAAAUGAUUCUUGGGUGUACCCUGGGGGCGGGAAGCUUGAGUGACGUCAUGCACUCACGACACCUGGCAGAUGUCCUAAGUUCACAUGUAGAAGAUGGAGAUCUUUUCAAUGGAAUUCGCACCGAAGUCUGGGAGAAUCUGAGAACCCUUUUCCCGGACCGGGUCAGGCUGGACAUGCUGAUGGGGGAGACAAUUGAACCAUCUGAGCCACCAAUGGCGUUCAUCCACAAAACCUUGGGAAAAUGGAGAGCUGAACUGGAAAAAAAUCCAGAAGAAGAGGUCCUGCAACAAGCCAUGUUUCGACAAGGGGUCGUUCGAGGCCUGUCAGAGACUGUUCAGGGGCGGUUAGGAGACGUAGUGAGUCUCUAUUCCAUGCCUUUUGCCCAGUUUUGCGAACACAUCACCCAUGCCGUGUUAAGGGAAAAGAAAAAUGAACACAAAAGGCUGCAAAGUGACCGAGAGGACGUGCGGAAGCUGAACAAACUCCAACUCAAGUCCGGCCUACAAGCAGUGCUCACGACUCCCCCUGAAGGCUACAUUCAAAACAGGCAGUGGGGGAGCAAGCCAGAAGUGCUGGCGCUGGGCCUAGUUUCCCAGUAGCCGCUCCCCUCCUAGAAAUGAUGAAAGAAGCAGGAGUCACCGCUCUACAGACACAAAAAUGGACUGAGGGGGGGAGAAAGCAUUCACGGAUAUCAAACUGAGUCUACAACAGGAACCAGCUCUGGCCCUCCCGAACUACGAGAAACCCUUCUUCCUGUAUGUAUCCAACCGCACACACCACGCCACUGCAAUGUUGACACAGUCCUCCAGCGGAGGACGAAAGCAACCAAUUGCUUACUAUUCAUGUGGACUGACACCAGUUGAGGCAGCCUUGCCGCCAUGCUAUCAAGGUUUAGCCGCAAUACACCACAUGUAUGAGAAGGCAUCAACACUCACUGUGGGCUAUCCAAUCACAAUUUACACACACCACAAAAUUGCAAAUCUUGUCAAACGGGGUACAUUUCUACUGACAAGGUCACGAGUCAGGAGUUAUGUCACAAUGUUUCGAAGACCCAGACGGCUUGAAAGCCGGAUAGGCAGUGGUGAGGCUAGCAGAACAGGGGGUGUUCGCUACACUAAAAGAAGAGGUAAAAAUAUUAUAAAUAUGUGAAGGAAUAUGAAGAAUUUGGGUUGUCAGUAACUAACAUAUUUUCUGUCCCUUAGGAAUCGUAUAAUUAAACUAUGCGAAGGGGGGAGCUAAUGAUAUAAAAUUUGGACUAUGGUCUCAGAAACAGAGGCAAUUUUAAAUCGAUCAUUUAUUUGAUAAUUAAGCAAAGCACACCCUAAGUAACAUCUAUAAUUUUGAUAGUCUAACCCUUAGACUAUGGUGAAGCUUUUUUUGUUCAAGAUGUUUUGUAGGAAUACAAGUAAGGAGAAGGAGGAGAGAACGAGCCUCGGAGAAACCAAUCAGUAUUCAGCCUGGUGGCCAAGUCUCCAGUAAAGGCGACCGGGGGAAAAGUCAACACCCCCGUGUAGAAACACUGCCUGAACACAGGGUCACGAGCAACGAUGACCACAACACAGUUUGAAGGGUCAACCAUGUGGUCCAUCUGGAAUCACUGUUAUAAAUCCCACAUCAAACUUGGUCACACCUAUAACACCUAUUGACUCUGAUUUCCCUGAUACAGUACAGGACAGUGCUGUCCUAAAGGCAAAGCGCACAAAUGACGUUGGUUAACUCUCAGCCCUCGAACUGGGCCUGAGACUGAGGUUGAAAGCUUCCUGCUCGUGCCUCAGAAGUCAAGGUUGUGCUUAAGGCCAAGGACCAAAUCCAGGGCCAGAAGUUACCAAGCCACCCUGGUCAACGUCGAACAGUCACUCAAACCUGCUCCCUUUGAGGGAUCAGAAAAUGAAACUCAACCGCCGAAUGCCAACAAUCCCUUCCUGGUUGCGUUCCAACUGGGAAGAAGGGGGGUGAGUGGAGCGGGGACACAUGAGGUGGAUGCAACAGCAAUAUUGUCAUUUGAAAUGUGAAACUAAAGUAAUUGUUAACAACAUGCAUAGGUGGUUUAGGUUGAUAGAACCAGGGUUUAUUGAUGACAUUAACGAUGUUUGUUGGCUGGAGUUAACACCUCCCAGGCUCCACUGCCCUUGCAUGGAGAACAACUGGCGAGUGGCAGAGGAAUGUGGGGAUUGGAGAUGUAUGCCUACAUCCACAUUGUUCCUGAUGAAGUUUCACAAAAGCUAUGACUAAACUAAACAUCCUAAGCUUGAAGCUGUUAUGACUGUAUACCCAUCUCUCUGUCCCGGUUUCUAUAAAACUCACCUCCACUAUGAUGACAGAGUGCCAACCAAUGCACCAAGAUCAUCUAACAGAAUAAGACUCUCCCCUGACCACAGAAGUAUCCUGUUCCUGGACUGUAUCUAAUUCCAGGAGAAAGUAAAACCAAAACCAGAUCCAGGGGUCGAGCCAGUGAAGGUUCACCAAGGGGGGACAGCACCUGAGGCCAUCGACCUCCAGCAGCCCCGCCAGUGAACCCGAUGACGCCACUACUCUUGCAGCCGCUAAGAGACAUGCAGCUGUGAGCGAGCAGGGGACGAUCCUGGCAGACCCCACACCGCAGAACCCCUUCCCGAGCGAAUCGCUCGGUGAGGGAGAGGUAAGUGGGAUGACACGGGAUGUUUUAGGAAAAGGGAUGAGCAGCAUUAAUCUUGACACCAUGUAUAGCACAAGUAAUUGCCCAUGCAAUGCCAUCAACGAACGCAGUAGAGAAACUUGAGGAGGCUCCUCGCAAGAGGCGGGCUUUCACAUCUGACGUAACAAUCGAUGCCAUAGGUCAGCCAAGGGGGGUGCCCAAUGACUUUAAAGCUAGAAAUGAGGUGGCUUCAGGGUUUGAAUCCAUCUUACCCUGGAUAACGGUAAAUAAGAACACUGAAUGGAUCAAUUACCUGUAUUAUAAUCAGCAGCGUUUCAUUAACUAUACUGACGAGGCUCUCGCCACCCUGGGACAGCAGCUGUCAGCAACAUCAGCAAUGACCUGGCAGAAUCGUCAGGUAUUGGACUGGCUGCUGGCCGAGCGUGGGGGGGAUUGCACUCUGAUUGGACAGGUAUGUUGCACAUUUAUACCAAAUAACACUGCCCCUACAGGACGAUUCACUCAAGCCAUGUCUGACUUAAAAGCACUGAGAGAGGAGAUGAAGGCUAAUGCAGGACACAAAACUGAUUGGUUCGAAUUCAUGAGACAAAGCUUGGGAGAUUGGGGGUUUAGCUGUGUGAGGAUAGGGAUAGCUGUGCUACUAACCUUAUUGGCCAUAGUAUUGAUCCUCUGCUGUUGCAUACCCAUUUUCCGGUCUCGUGUCAAAACCCACUAUGCCUUCCCAAUGGUAGCAGAGAAGGGGGAGUUGGAUGACUCACAACCUCUUUUUCUGCUUUCUUCUAUAAGGUUAGUUUUUUUCAAUGUUUAAAUGUUUUAAAGGUUCUCCGACGAUAGAUUUCUGACGGUGUCAAUUGUCAAUUGACACCUUUGUUAGAAUAGCUUGUUUCUAAAGGGGUUCAGCUUGUUUCAAAGGGGGGUUCACAAUAAUUUAUAGCAUGGCUAAAUGCAUGUCAAUAUCACUUGAGGGAAACUCCUAAGGUGACGUAAGUCAUGGAGGUAGGACAUUUGCACCGGAUUGCCCAAUAUCUUCGUUGAUCUAAUUCAACUGAGGUUGCUAGCUAUCGCACAUCACCAUUUCCUCUUGCAGAGGAAAUGUGAAGUCAACUGUUUCAUCUACCGUUCACAUUUGAAUCGUUGAUGAGCAACAAGUUAUGCUUUUAAAUCCAUGCUAUCUUAGUCAAUACAUGUAUGAAAAUUGAGCGAAAGUAGGCUUCGUAGGAGGGCAGACCAGACUUUGUACCCUUUCUAGGUGAAAUGUCACAUCUUCCCUACAGUGGGGGGGGGGGGGGGGGGAGGUCUUACGCUCCCCUGCUCCUGCGCUUAAUCACUAGGACGGUCGUGUGGUUGUGACUCCUACGGAUCGCUAUCCUCCGUUUCCCCAUUCUAUGCUGCUUCUAUCUCUCAGCGCAGGUCGCAGAGGCUUCAUGCAGCGGCCGGUCGGGUAGAAGCAGCCCGUAUCCGCCUCCCGUGUGAAUGUACAUCUUUAGCGCUGGUAAAACGUGCGCUUCAGUGGCAUUUGGCUAGGUUACUACGGAUAAGACAUCCCUGCUUGCUGUUUCUGUUGGACGCCGAUUCGCUUGUCAUGCUAGUGGGGCAUUGCAGACCUUGCCGUGCCCUUUGGGGAGGCUGCUCCUCUCUACCCGGUUGUACUUGGUUCUGUGUAUCGCGGGUCUCUGAAACGGUGCGUGUAGGCCUUGGCUUGGAGUCACUAUACGCCAUUGCUCAUAUGCUGCACCUUCAGGGUUUUUUGGGGGGGCUUCUUAGACUGCAGACUACUAGACUACUGAUUUAACUUCUUGUACUUGCUGUAUAGUUAUCUUUGUUUGCUUUCCUACAGGUACUCUCUUGCACUUCGAGGUUCAUUUUGUUUAAUUGUCCAACUUGUUUAAUUAGGCCCCUACAUGGUUUAUGGUUCUUCCCUUUGGCAUUUAUUUGCCUUUAUCAUGUAUGCUUAAUGCUUUGGCUACCCACAUGUUUAAGGCUCUCGUCAUUGCACACAGGGGUCCUUUCUGUCCUUUCCUGUCCUUAAUGGGCUAUUUUUUUGGAAUAGGUGCUGCUAGUUCGCCAUCGCAGGUUGUAGUGUGGGUCUCGACGCAGCUGUUCGUCGUCAGCGUACAUGUCAUAUCUUUCGUCCCGAUGAUGCUGCCGUCAUCAAUGCCAAAGAUCGCUACGGCCUUGAUGGCUCUCGAUGAGCAAUUGCAAAUAACUGGUGGUGGUGGCAACAUGUUUGCGUAAACUGCUCCUCUGUCUGCAGGCAUCGAUGCCCUCUCCGUUGCUGGCUGAUCCCAGGCCUUCCGCAGCAUGCCAUAACAUCAUUCAGAGGGCAUCGGUCCUCCAGCAUCACAGGUUAUCACAUAGAUACAUGAGGGCAUCGGUCCUCUAUAGCUAUAGCUAACGCAUGCUACACAUCAUACAUUGGGGCGUCGGUCCCAUGGCCUUUGCUGGCUAUUGCACUCUCAGGGCGUUGCUAGCCCCGGCCUUGACUGGCUAUUGCACUUCAGGACAGCGUCCUCUAGCCUAGGCUGGCUAUAGCGUACAUACAUUAGGCACGUGACUUCACAAGGGCAUCGGUCCUCCAGCCAACAAAGGCUCAUAUGCUCCUCAGCCGGCAAAGGCUACUCACACACUCAUGGGCGUCACCCGCUAGCCUACGUAGGCCAUCUGUACACAGGGACGUCGGUCCUCCAGCCGGCACAGGCUGUGCACAUAGACUCAAGGGCGUAAGCCCUAUAGCACACCUAGACAUACGUACGCGGGGACGCCGGUCCCCCAGCCAGUGCACAGGCUGUCACAUAGACUCAGGGGCGUCGGCCCCCUAGCCUACCUAGGUCACGUACGCGGGAACUUUGUCCUCCGGCCAUCACAGGCCUCGCACAUAGAUUCAAGGGCGUCGGCCCUCUAGCCUACAUAGGUCAUGUACGCGGGGACGUCGGUCCUCCAGCCCGCACAGGCCGUGCGCCCUUUAGCCGACCAAAGCCGGCAAAGGCUUUCACCUGCCAAUCUGAGGGCGUCGUGCCUCAGCCAGCCAAAGCAAACUCCGACAGCAUGAGGGAGUCGGCCCUCUAGCACAUUCUCAAUAUGCACUAGGGCAAUUGCCUCUGGCCUGGAGGCUACAGCGUAAUCAAUGCUUCUCUUUCCCUUAGCGUCUCUGUAUAGGUACAGGUCUACGGAUCUGUCUGUGCUUUGCCGUCUCCUGAAGUCUCCUGGGAGUCAGAUGGCUGAGCGGUGAGGGAGUCGGACUAGUAAUCAGAAGGUUGCCGGAUCGAUUCCGCCCCAAGCCAAAUGACAUUGUGUCCUUGGGCAAGGCACUUCACCCUACUUGCCUCGGGGGGAAUGUCCCUGUACUUACUGUAAGUCGCUCUGGAUAAGAGCGUCUGCUAAAUGACUAAAUGUAAUGUAAAUGUAAAUCUGAAGGAUCCGGCCCGGGUAUGUAUGCUCUUGCCUUGGUCAUUCUGUAUAGCUACUCUCGUAUUGAUCGCGGUCGCUCCGAUCGGUGCUUCGCACCCAGGUUGGCAGCUCUCCGUGUUGUGUUUGUGUUGCUUAUUCCCCAGCGGUUUCAUGAUUCCUCCUGUUGGUGAGUAUGUUUUCGUUUGGUCUCUACUUUCCUACCCUUUUACUUUUGGGGAUUCUUCUUCGGGCGUUGGGCAGGCGCCCGUUGAUUUAUAUAAUUCCCCGCGGGGUCCAAGCUCCAAACAUUGUAGUACAUUUAUUAUUCUGUAAUAAAUAUCUUUCACUUAUCCAGGUCUCUCCUGAUUGAAAUGAAGCAUAGCGCAAGUUCAGUCAGGCAAGACCGAUCUCUGCACUCGGGCUCAAUCGUAGUUUACAUUACUCACUCCUCCCGCUAAGAACGCCCUACCUUCCCCCGUUCCCGGGUCGGGCGGUCACUGGGGUUCAGGUUGAUUAGCGCUCCCGCCUACAAUACAUGGCGUCAUAUGAUCCGUGCCUUUAAAUACGAUUCUCUCCCUGUGUAGUUCGUUCAUGCUGUCAAGUGCGCAACCCUCCACCUCCCUGUCGCCACCAGGUUCCUGUCUCCAUCUUCGGCUCGAUUGGUCGUCGGCUGUGCCACCGCCACCAGUGUCUGGAGUCCGCGGGGGAUUCUUCUUUGGGCAUUGGGCAGGCGCCCAAUGAUUUAUAUAAUUCCCCGGGGGGUCCAAGCUCCAAACAUUGUAGUACAUUUAUUAUUCUGUAAUAAAUAUCUUUCACUUAUCCAGGUCUCUCCU